AUGGGAGGAGUAAUUGCCUCUAUUAUGGACCUGUGCAAUCGUUGCACCAUGAAGGCGCAUCCUAUCAUCAAAAAAUAUCGAAAUCAUGGUGACGAGUCGUCCCCACAGACAGGUACGGAGACUGACAAGAGUAGUCCCAUUUAUCUUUUCCCUGGCUUCAACAUGGAGAAGCAGGCAGAGGUGGCCAGGGAGUAUUGGGAUGGCCCCAACAGGGUCCAGUGUAUCAAGCAACGUGUAGAGGAAAGCCCCGAUCACAUUGCGUUCUCGAAGCGCGAGAUUAUAAAAGUGGAAAAACGCACCACGUUCGACGAGAAUGGAAAGUCCAGAGUUUUUGAAUACUAUCACUGCGGGCCUCGUCAGAAUAUAACAUACAGGGAGAUGUGGAGCCGUAUGGAAAGUUUUGGAAAAGGCUUAGUGUCGUUGGGCUUCAAACCGAACGACGUGAUUUCCAUACACGAGGACACACGUUGGGAGUGGAUGGUUAGUAUAUAUGGCAUCUGGUUGCAGAAAAUGCUUGCCUCGACGGUAUACCUUAACCUCGGCGAAAACGCGCUGCUACGCGUGAUAGAGAAAACCAACAGUGCUGCGAUUAUCUGCAAUGCUAAAAUAAUUCCACUACUGACCAAACUGCUCAAGCAACGUGGGAUGACACCAAUGAUCAUAUACUUGGAUAACCUUGCUGAUGAUGUAGAUUUAGACGGUUUUACGGCAGUCGCCUGGAAGGACGUUUUAGAAAGAGGUCAGGCGAUGAAUGAUACUCGGAUUUUUAUCCCUGACGACAAAAACCAAGAGGCGAUUGUGAUGUUUACCAGUGGCACCACGGGCAACCCGAAGGGGAUCGUGCACACCCAUGGCAGCCUGUGCGCUGGAAUAUCAGCGCUCAAAGAACGCACGCUGGCUUUAUACCCAAAUAAUACCCUUGGCGGGACAUAUUGCGCGUACCUCCCGCUGGCACAUAUUUUGGAGUUCUCCAUCGUGAAUAUCUGUCUUGACCUCGGUGUGGUUGUUUGCUUCAGCUCGCCGCGGACACUGACGGAUAACUUCGCCAUUCCCCACGGUGAUCUACGAGAGUACAAGCCAUUGAUGAUCAUUGGGGUACCACGCGUCUUUGAUGCCAUUCGGAAGGCGAUUGAGGAGAAGCUCCCAAAACCGGGCACCAUCCGUCACGCAAUCUUCAAGAAAGCCUACAAAAGUCGACGGGACGCACUUCUCAAUGGUCGGGAAACACCCUUCUGGAAUAAGAGGGCUUUUUCAAAGGUCCGUGAGAUGCUUGGCGGAAAUUUGUACGGCAUGCUCUGUGGUGGCGGCCCGCUCUCGGCGGCCACGCAGGAGUUCGUUAACGUCGUUUUCGGGACUCCGCUUAUUAUUCAAGGCUGGGGUCUCACCGAGACGGUUUGCUGCGGCGCCACGCAGGUAUUAGGCGACCUUACGCCAGACAACAUUGGAAAAUUGAUGAGGUCAGUCGAAUUUAAGCUUGUGGACGUCGAAGACUAUAAGCACACGGACAAGCCUAGACCCCGUGGAGAAAUCUGCCUGCGUGGGCCUUUCCUUUUCAAGGGCUACUACAAGCAGCCGGAGCUCACUAAGGAGGCCAUAGAUGAGGAUGGAUGGUUUCACACAGGUGAUGUGGGCAGCAUCGACAGCAAAGGCCGUGUUAUUCUGAUCGGGCGCAUCAAGGCGUUAGCAAAGAACUCAUUGGGGGAGUACAUUGCACUUGAAAUCCUCGAGUCGAUUUACGCGAAUCAUCCGCUGGUGGUCAACAAUUGUGUCUGCGUUGUGGUUCACCCUCACAGAAACUACAUCUGUGCGCUUCUUUGCACUGGAAAAACUCAAGCCCUGGAAUUUGCCAAAAAGUCUAAAAUUGACUGCGAAUAUAAGGAACUUUUAGGAAACUCUAAAUUUCUCGCCGCUGUAGUGGAGUCACUCGUAGAGCUGGCAAAAAAAAAUGGCUUGAAGCCCUUCGAGUGUGUAAGGCGUGUCUGCGUCCUGGAUGAUGAGUGGACACCGGAUAAUGGGUUUAUGACGCCCACACUUAAAAUUCGAAGGAAGGAAAUAGAUAAUCAAUACCAUAACAUCAUUAAGCAGCUAUUUGAUGAGACCAAGCUCUAA